GGAAUGAGUGCUCUAAUGCGGUCGGGUGCCUACAACGGGAAUGCUUUCGUUUGUGUAUUUGGUGUUCAUCGUCUUUACACGUUCCGCUGCACUCUUCAAGGUGACUGUUCCUACAGAGCAUGUUGUGGCAGUGCAUGGUAUACCCACUGUCUUGGGCUGCGUGUUCACACGCAGCACCGAACCUGAUAUCGAGAGCCUCGUGGUCACAUGGCAGCGGACCGAAGAUUCACGCGUUGUACACAGUUUUUAUUAUGGCAGGGACCAGCUGGAGCGGCAAAGCUCUGACUACCACAACCGAACAGGACUCUUUGCUUCAGAGUUGGCAAAUGGCAAUGCCUCCCUAAUGAUAAGGAUGGUCAGCCCCGAAGAUGUAGGAAAGUACUUAUGCACAGUAAGCAGUGCCAAGGGAACAGAUAAAGCACAGCUGCAAUUGGACUAUGGAGCGUUCUAUUCAGAGCCCAGAUUAAGCAUUGCAGUGAACAAUACAAGUGUGACCCUUCAGUACGAAACAGAAGGUUUUCCUGAGCCUGAGGUUCGAUGGCUGGGUGAAAUGGGUCAAAACCUAAGUCAUCGCACAGAGCUCACUCCUUUGAUGAACAGAUCAGGGCUCUUCUCCUUGAGGAGUCGGUUUGAAGGUCCAGCUCCACAGCUAAACGUGACGUUUAUCCUUACCAACCAUCUCCUUAAGCAAGUGCUGAAGAGGCCAGUCUACUAUGACAACGGUGGAGAUAUUGCACAUAAUGGGAGCAACGGAAUCAUAAUCACUCUGUCUUUAGUCUGCGUUGCUCUAUCACUUAUAAUACUUUUUGUGUGUUACCAUCGCAAGAAGCAUUGA